UUGUUUCCAGCUGAUGCUGUCCUAAAGGAAGAAGUGCGUUUGGAUAAAAAUCUUGUUUGUGGGCCUGUCAUCAGAGUUUCUGGUCAGACGACUCCAUUCCUCAAAGCAGUUGGUGUCGAGCUCACAUACUCCCACCGCGACGUGGUUAAUAUCGAAGAAGAAUUUCUACCAGUUGGAAAAAGGGUCAAGUUUACAACUGAGUAUGGGCUGUUGCUACGUAGCCACAAGGAGACUGAGUCGAAGUCCAACUGGCAAGCAUUCAAUGACAGUAACGAUGUUUAUAUUGUGCGAUCAAGAGAGGACCAGCUUAAGUUCUCAUUUUCAGUGGAACAUUUUUCCGAGUAAGUGAUUAUGACAUUUGCCGAGUCCGUGAUUAUUGGGGGGGGGGGGGGGGUGUUACCCCCCAACACCCAACACCCCCUCUAGCUACGCCCCUGAAUACACGUGGGUUUCAUUAGUUUUGAAGGGGAACUUAGUAGAGGAAAUACGUAUUGAAAUACACGACAACAAUUGUUGAAUGAGGUUAGUGACGGAUAAAUAGACUAGAAAAGUAGAGACUACGAUUUAUAUGAUUCGUUUAAAAACAACCCUGCAACCGUCAUCUUGUCUAAUUUUAGUUAUCUCGCGAUCGUGUGCACGAAGAUGAAGGCGAUUCUUUCGUCACCGUGGACCUUGUUUACGGUGAAUUAUAACGACCCAAUUCCUUAUAAUGGGGUCGUUUCCGCUGUGCACAAAACUGAUAGUAACCCGAAAACACUUCGUGCUGUGUUGGCGCCCAAACACUGUAUACGUCAUUUGAAAUUAAAUGAAAAGGUUUUCAUGCAUCGCCUCAGACCUGGAGAUCCAAUAUACUUCUGUGUUCCCAUGUCAGAUAGCAGUCAUCUCCCUAUUAAGGAUCAUACUUUGUGGUAAGUCUUAAAUUUAUGAUGUAAUAUUUCUGUUUUGUGAAAAACACCACGUUUAUUUGCUCCGCAAAGCUUUUAGUUUGUGUAGCUGGCGGUCUUAAGGGGUUGGAGUUGAGGUGCGGGCAGCGAAAAUUAGGGAGGCGAUGCGCGGGAAAGACGGAAAUAACCCGAACCCCCUUAAAACCGCAGAAUACAAAGGCUAUUAUUAGGCCUCGAUCAUACUGGAUCAUAUAAGAUAAUAUAAUAAAUAGUUCUUAAUUUAUUCUUAUUUAUAAAAAACUCCUAGCUUCCCGUCCAAAAAUUAACGUCGAUGACGUGAGAUGAACCAAUUUGGCGUUAGAACUCGCGUGAACUUUAGAAGUCGAUUAUCACAAAUUGAAAAUGGUCUUUUUUUGCGUAUAAUACAGCAUAUGUUUAGUUAUAUGUAUAGGUAAUCAUGCGAUGGCGAGUACAAUUAGGGAUUUAUUGUACGAGUGAUGUUUGGAAAUUUUGCCAAAAUUGGACGAGCCGCCGGGGCGAGUCCAAUUUGGCAAAUUUCCAAACAUCACGAGUACUAUUAAUCCCUAAUUGUACGAGCAACAUCGCAUGAUUGCUUGUUUAUUAUUAACAUGACAAAAUUGGAUACGUGCUUCUCAAUGUCAACUCAUAUUCUCUCGCCAAAGCCCAGUUCUGCCAGACUUUCAACCAAAAUUUGGUGCUUUUGUUUGUAUUUUCAUUUAGUUCUUUUGUUAAUUAAAGCAAAAUUUGGUGCUUUUGUUCGUAUUUUCAUAUAGUUCCAUCACGGCAAUUUCAUUUCACAUCUGUUUAAAAUACCUUUCCGCCAUUUUGUUUGUUUUGGGAAAAUCAUUAAUUGUCAGCAUCCAGUAAUUUUGUCAUUCUAAUAAUAAGCUUAUUUAUAAACCACCAAACUAGGUUCAUCAACUUUGUCAAAGCGCGAAGGGACAGGAAUAAACUCCAUCUGUAGUAAGCCAUUAUAGAAUUGCGUCUGAAAUAUUUUGAAGCUGGAAAGUCUCGUCGUAUAUAUUCUAUUGUUGCAGCAAGACACCAAUACCUCGAUAUAAAUGCUAAAGGAGGUAUAAUUCAAACUAUUAUAUUCAUAAUGCUAGUGUUUAGACGGCAAAUUGACGCGGCAUCAACGUUUUAUAAAGUAUUUAUGUAUCAACGAUAUUGUAUUAUCCUAAAGGCUUAGUAAGCAAGAAAUUGUUUGCGCAUCAAUUCCUACAAAUGCAUUACAAUUUACAAACAAGGCUAUGAAUAUUUAAAGUUAUAGGGGAUAUUCAGGGAUAAACGUUUGGAUAAUAAGGACUAGAGCUUGGAUAAUUUAUGGAUAACUUCCGUACGAAAUUACGUAAUUUUUGACAAAAACAUGACGUAGGCAAUUUUGUGAAUGACGACGGAAAUUGGAGAAAAGUCAAAAUAAGUGCCGAAACCUGGAGUUACGCGUGGCCAUUCGCAGGUUGGAAACUAGAAUUUGAGGGGUUGCGCUGCACCACUGGCGCCCCAACCAGUCCUGCGUAAUGCUUUAACCUAUUUUGCUGUUUCCUAUGUAGGUUUAAUCCUGAUGAGGUAUCGGAAAUACAGAGCAAUACAGAUGAUGAUACUGAUCUGAAUGGGAAAUACAUGCAUUUCUUGAAGGAUAAAGAGUGCAAUAAUUGCGGAAAUCAUGAUAUAUCAACACAAGAAGAUGGUCGUGCGAAGGUACCAAUCCAUAUUUCCGAAGCUGAACCAGUUCAGGUUGGUCGAUGCGUAUUACCGUUUGAGGCUUUUCAUUAUCUGUGA